CUCUUUCUCCCCCUUGUGCUCUCAAUUCUCACCUACCAAUUCUUGCAUUAUAUACAUUUCGGAGGCCUUUCGCAACUACAGCCCUGGAACUUCCUGCCCACCGGCAUUAGCAGUUGUUCCUCUCGUAACACAAAGUAGUAGUAUACCAUUACUAGUUAGUAGUCACCACUGCUACUGCUUCAGUUCCUUUUAUCACUUGCUUUACAUGAAUUAAGUCGAUGCUCUUCCUUGAAUAACUAGCGAUUAGUUUCGUGGUGACCUAUCUAGCCAUUUUUCUGUUUGGGUGGCAUCAAUCCUGAACACAGAAAGCUGCAAGAUGGAACAUGGUCAUGACGAAGGCGUGAAAGUCUCGGAGUUUUGCUUGAAAUCAGAUCCUCUGAACUGGGGAGUGGCAGCUGAGUCACUGAUGGGAAGUCAUUUGGACGAAGUGAAGGGCAUGGUAGCUGAGUUUAGGAAGCCGGUGGUAAAGCUCGGCGGUGAGAGCUUGACCGUUGCUCAGGUGGCCGCGAUUGCCGCCAAAGGUGAUCAGGGUGUGAAGGUGGAGCUGGCGGAGGACGCAGGGGCUGGGGUGAAGGCAAGCAGCGACUGGGUGAUGGAGAGUAUGAACAAAGGCACUGAUAGUUACGGAGUUACCACUGGGUUUGGUGCCACUUCACACAGGCGGACCAAUCAAGGCGGUGCCCUUCAGAAGGAGCUUAUUAGAUUUCUGAACGCGGGAAUCUUCGGAAACGGCACGGAAACUUGCCACACGCUGCCACACUCAGCUACAAGGGCAGCGAUGCUUGUAAGAAUCAACACCCUUCUUCAAGGUUAUUCCGGGAUCAGAUUCGAAAUCUUGGAAGCCAUCACCACUUUCCUUAACCACAACAUCACCCCAUGCUUGCCUCUUCGCGGUACAAUCACUGCCUCUGGUGAUCUUGUCCCCUUGUCCUACAUUGCCGGUUUACUAACCGGCCGCCCCAACUCCAAGGCCGUUGGACCCAACGGAGAAGCUCUCAACGCCGAAGAAGCAUUUCGCCUUGCUGGCCUCAGCGGUGGCUUUUUCGAGCUGCAGCCUAAAGAAGGCCUUGCUCUUGUUAACGGAACAGCAGUUGGUUCUGGCUUGGCCUCUAUUGUUCUAUUUGAAGCUAACGUGCUUGCUGUCUUAUCUGUAGUGCUGUCAGCAAUCUUUGCUGAAGUGAUGAAUGGCAAGCCCGAGUUCACCGAUCAUUUGACGCAUAAGUUGAAGCACCAUCCCGGCCAAAUUGAGGCCGCGGCUAUCAUGGAACAUAUCUUGGAUGGAAGCUCUUACGUCAAGGCUGCUCAAAAGUUGCAUGAGUUGGAUCCCCUGCAAAAGCCAAAGCUAGCCCGAUACGCUCUCAGGACAUCUCCGCAGUGGCUGGGUCCACAAAUCGAAGUUAUUCGCGCAGCAACAAAAAUGAUUGAGAGGGAGAUCAAUUCAGUUAAUGAUAACCCUCUCAUUGAUGUGUCCAGGAACAAGGCCUUACAUGGCGGCAACUUCCAGGGCACCCCCAUUGGAGUGAGCAUGGACAACGCUCGACUGGCCAUUGCAUCUAUCGGCAAACUGAUGUUUGCUCAAUUUUCCGAGCUUGUUAAUGAUUACUACAACAAUGGGUUGCCGUCCAAUCUCUCUGGAGGAAGGAAUCCAAGUUUGGACUAUGGAUUCAAGGGAGCUGAGAUUGCUAUGGCUGCAUACUGUUCUGAACUCCAGUAUUUGGGCAAUCCAGUGACCAACCAUGUCCAGAGUGCCGAGCAACACAACCAAGACGUCAACUCCUUGGGAUUAAUCUCUUCAAGAAAAACUGCAGAAGCCAUUGAUAUCUUGAAGCUCAUGUCAUCCACUUAUUUGGUGGCUCUUUGUCAAGCAAUCGAUUUGAGGUUUUUGGAAGAAAACUUGAAAAAUGCUGUUAAGAAUAUUGUCAGCCAAGUGGCAAACCGAACUCUGACAAUUGGCGCUAAUGGAGAACUGCAUCCUUCACGGUUUUGUGACAAGGAUUUGCUCAGAGUGGUGGACCGCGAAUACGCCUUUGCCUAUGUGGACGACCCUUGCAGCGCUACCUAUCCAUUAAUGCAAAAGUUAAGGCAAGUGCUCGUGGAUCAUGCGUUGAAGAAUGGUGAUCAGGAGAAGAACGUCAACACCUCCAUCUUCCAAAAGAUUGCAGCAUUUGAAGAUGAACUGAAAGCUGUCCUACCAAAAGAAGUGGAGAGUGCCAGAAGCGCUGUGGAGAGUGGAAAUCCAGCAAUCCCUAAUCGGAUAAGGGAGUGCAGAUCUUACCCAUUGUACAAGUUCGUUCGAGAAGUGUUGGGGACAGGACUGCUGACUGGAGAGAAAGCUCAGUCACCUGGUGAGGUGUUCGACCAGGUGUUCACAGCAAUGAGCAAGGGGCAGAUUGUAGAUCCUUUGUUGGAAUGUCUCCAAGAAUGGAAUGGUGCUCCUCUCCCAAUCUGUUGAUUUACUUUCAUCCAUUCAAACAUUUGUUUGUCAAAACCUUCAAUGUAAUUUAUCUGUAUGUCAAAUUCAAUGAUAUGUCUGUAACACCCAUGUAUUGCUCAAGGUUUCUUAAAAUGUGAACAAAAACUUCAACAUCGUCCCUGUUCUC